UUUUUAGCUUCUCUGUGACUGUAAUCUUGCAACGCCAUUGUUAGCGUUCGCAGACCGCCAUGGCCGAAGCCUUCAAGCUCUGGGUUCAUCCCUUCUCCGCGCCUCCCAUGGUAUCCAAGCCCCAAAUCCAUACCUUUCCCUCUUCUUUCGUUUCUGCCCGCCAUCGUACCAUCCUUGCUAUGCCCCGAGUUCACUCCAACAUCUCAUUGUCGAAGAACCUGGCCGCAGGCUGCAGUGAAGACUACGACGAGCAGCAGCGGCAGCACCAGUCCCUGCUCGUCGAGGCUUAUCACCAUACCAACAGCCUCAAAACCCUUCUUGCUGAGCUCUCAAUGAAGAAUUCAUGCCCUAUUCGGCUCCUUGAAAGAGAUGGAGACUGGCUCAGAGAUCAGCUCUGGGUUGCUGUCAGAUUCCUCAUUGAGGAGGAACGACCUGUGGAUGCUCUCAAGGUGUUUGAUGCCUGGAAGAACAAAGAUUCAUCUCGAAUGAAUGUUGCUAACUACUCAAAGUUCAUUCGGUUGUUAUGUGACGAGAACUUAAUGGAUGAAGCUAUCCUAAUUUUUCAGGGUAUGGAGAAGCAUGGUCUCACUGCAUCUUUGACGUUAUACAAUGACAUUAUUCAUGGAUUUGCUAGAAAAAAGGAGUUUGAUAAUUCAGCAUGUUUUUUAAAGAAGGUGGUGGAUGCUGGUUUACAACCUAUGGCGGAGACUUAUCAUGGGAUUAUUAGAGCAUAUGGCACCUGUGGAAUGUAUGAUGAGCUCAGUAAAUGUGUGAAGCAAAUGGAAUCAGUGGGUUGUUCACCAAAUGAAGUUACUUAUAAUAUAUUGAUUGUGGAAUUUGCACAGGGUGGACUUGUUGAUACAAUGGAGGGGGUGUAUAGAACUGUGCUUUCUAAACGGAUGAAUUUGCAGCCCUCAACUCUGGUUGCAAUGCUUGAGGCGUAUGCCAAUCUUGGGAUUGUGGAGAAGAUGGAGAAGGUCUACCAUAUGGUUAUGAAAACAAAUGCAUAUAUUAAGGACACUGUAGUUCGGAAGUUGGCAGCAGUUUAUAUAGAAAACUAUAGGUUUGCUCGAUUAGAGGAGUUGGGGAAUGAUAUCAGUGCGCGAACUGGUAGGACUGAUCUUGUUUGGUGUAUUCUUCUCCUUGCAUCUGCAUGUUUCUUGAGCCGGAAAGGCAUAGAAUCUAUCAUUCGGGAGAUGAAAGUGGCCAAAGUAGAAUUCCAAGUGACCUUUGUAAAUAUCCUUGCUCUAUUUCUCUUGAAGGUCAAGGAUUUCAGCAAAUUAGAUGCUGUACUCUCUCAAACUGGCAAACACAAUAGAAAACCUGAUAUUAUAACAGUUGGGAUUCUCUUUGAUGCAUGCAGGAUUGGAUAUGAUGGUACCCGUAUUUUAGAAAUAUGGAGAAGAAGUGGGUUUCUAGAAACAGAAGCUGAGAUGAGAACUGAUCCUUUGGUUCUGAAUACAUUUGGUAAAGGACUUUUUAUGAGAGACUGUGAGAGGAUCUUCUCGUCUGCAGGUUCUAAUUUAAAAGAGAAAAAACAUUGGACCUAUCAUAGCCUAAUCAGUUUGGUUUUUGGAAAAACAGUGGAUUAAAGGGUUGUCAACUGAUUCAAUCAAGACUCUGGCUUUUCUUUUGCUUUCACUCAGAUUACAUGGAAAUAUUUGUCACAUAUUUUUGGAGCAGUAAAACGUUACCUGCUGCUUAUAUAAUCUCAGGUAGCUUCUCAAAGGAAAAACAAGAAUCUUCCACUUUUGUGCAAACAUAGUUGCACUUAGACUGCUUAAGCCUUUUUUUUAUCACAAAAAUCAUCUCAUCAUGUGUUUGUACAUAAUUCUUUUGUGGUCCAAGAAAAUGCAUGGUUGCUUGUGUUUGAAAUUUUAUCUUUUUAUAUUUGUUUUGCCUUUCUUUUGUUUUGUUUAUUACUUAUUUGAGCAUGCAUAGUUGAAAGCUUAUUAUUUCAGUAGUUUUUUUGGGGAAGGUUGGAUUGAAACUUCUUGUCUCAAGCUGCAUUGGAUCAUUGAUGAUGUCAUUAUCUUUUGAGCAUUCAUGAAAAUGUUGCAUUCAUGUGCGGGUUUCUCACAAUGUUCAUUAUUUCCUUUGUGACCUGUUCAUCGGCAUAUCUUAUAAUAUUUCAAAGCAUGUUGCUAAUGUAAUGUCGUACCACAUGCGGUAAGUAUUUCUGUUCACCCUGUUGUCUUUCCUUUCCUUUAAUGAAGAAAUGGUCGACGUAACACAGAUUAAUAAGUGGAAAACCAGAAGAUGCUGUUGCUGAGGCUAUAUGUAUUGAAC